AUGUAUUCCGGAAGCGAUCUUCUAUCCUGCACGGAGGGAUUGAUGGUGGAGUUGGUGGCAGCAGAUGGGACAAGACGAACGGUGGUGGCAGAACAAUUGGUGGCUAGGAUCCUUCCUCCACAAGACGUUGUUCAGUUAGGUUCCCAUAGCCCACUCCACCUCCAUCCAUCAAAGAGCAUAAACGGGAACAUUUCUUACCAGCAGUCAUACGCGGCAUCGAAAAUUACCUUAGAACCCACCCUAAUUGGCGGCUUCCAUUCCUCUUGUACUCGCAAAAAGGCUGCUCGCAAGUCGGCACCGACAACUGGAGGUGUGAAGAAGCAUCACCGAUAUCGCCCUGGAACUGUAGCUCUGCGUGAAAUCCAGAAGUACCAGAAAAGUACUGAACUCCUCAUCAGGAAACUGCCUUUCCAAAGGCUCGUUCGUGAAAUUGCCCAAGACUUUAAGGGUGGAGUUUGUGAUUCCGACUUUGGGUCUGCAUAUGGCUGUCAAUGCAUGUGCAGCAGCAGCAGUUGCAACUGCUAUGGGUGUCCUCUUUCUCAAGUUGGAAGAUCCUUAUCUCGAUACAUUCCUGUUAGUAUGAGGUCCGAGUUUGUUGUAGCUAAAAGUGGCAUCAAGAUAGUGAAUGACACUUUCAAUGCCAAUCCCAUUAGCACCAAACCCGGCAUCAACACGUUGAAAAACAUCGAUUGUGAUGGAAAAAGAGUUGCUAUUCUUGGGGACAUGUUUGAACUAGGUACUCAUGAGAUAGAGUAUCAUGAGGAUGUAUUAAACAUUGUCUUGAUGCUUGUAUUGAUGUAGUUGCCAUUGCUGGGCAGAGGUUUCAUUUAGCAGCUGAUAAUAUGAAUUUAAUGAAGAAGAUGAAGGUUGUACAUGCUAUUGAAACAGAAAAUCUUAUUCCUAAAAUCUUGAACUGUUUGAAUAUGAAUGAUGUAGUCCUCGUGAAGGGUGGGUGUCAGAUGCAAAUGGUGAAAGUUGUGGAUGCAAUUAAGGCAAUGCCGAGAUUCACUCAACCUUCAUGUUCGGGUUCGGAGAAUCGAAGGCAAGAACAAGGAUGACAAAUCUGAUAAAAGCAACUGAUCAGGAGUCGAACUCUUAAAACAGACAUUACCAUGUCUUUUGUGUUUAUAAUAUUUGAAUGGUAUAAUGACAUGAUAGAAUGUCAUUAUAAUGUUGUAACUUUUUGAUGUUGUAAAAUUUUAUUACAUAUGGAUUAUGACAUAUAAACUAAUGAAAUCAUGUAACUUUUUGUUAAUAUAUGAAUAUUAUAUUUGGAAGUGAAA